AGGAGGACGCGGUGUGGGAGCUGAGGGGGGUCGCGGCCGCCAUGUCGGCCCCAAUGGCUGCGGUGCUCGGGAACGGGCUGGGGCCGAAGGGAGCGGAGCCGCCCGAGCCGCCGGAGCUGCUGGAGCUGUGCGGCGCCUGCCGGCAGCGCCUCAGCCCGCAGCGGGAGCCGCGGCUGCUGCCCUGCCUGCACUCCGUGUGCCGGCAAUGCCUGGGGGCCGCGCCGGGAGCCGCCGGCAGCGACGGGCAGGUGUUCGACUGCCCCGUGUGCCACCAGCAGUGUCCCCUGGGUGACAUCAUGGAGAACUUCUUCCUGCAGGACAGCGGGGCUAGCAGCGGGCAGAGCUGCACCAGCUGCGAGGACAACGCGGCGGCCACCAGCUUCUGCCUGGAGUGCGCGGAGCCGCUGUGUGACACCUGCGUGGAGGCACACCAGAGGGUCAGGUACACCCGGGACCACACUGUGCGGGCCUUGGGUGAGUCACUGUCACCCCCUGUCACCCCUGUCACCCCCUGUCACCUCCUGUCACCUCCUGUCACCUCCCUGUCCCUGUCCCCAUCGCUGUGUGACACCUGCGUGGAGGCACACCAGAGGGUCAGGUACACCCGGGACCACACUGUGCGGGCCUUGGGUGUGCCCGGUCCCUGCCCCGGGCCCUGCCCCUCUCACCCCUCGGAGCAGCUGGCUCUGGUUCCCGUUAUUCCCUGUGUUAUUCCCGUUGUUAUUCCCCGUGUUAUUCCCUGUGUUAUUCCCUGUGUUAUCCCUGUGUUUUUCCAGGUGUGCCCGGUCCCUGCCCCGGCCCCUGCCCCUCUCACCCCUCGGAGCAGCUGGCUCUGGUUCCCGUUAUUCCCGUUGUUAUUCCCUGUGUCAUUCCCUGUGUUAUUCCCAUUGUUUCCAGGUGUGCCCGGUCCCUGCCCCGGCCCCUGCCCCUCUCACCCCUCGGAGCAGCUGGCUCUGUUCUGCAGCGCCUGUGACGCCCUCACCUGCCGGGCCUGUCACCUGGGCAGCCACCGCGACCACCCCUCCCAGCCUCUGGAGGACGCCGUGCGCCAGCAGCGCUCGGUGCUGUCCGCCCUCCUGCAGCGCCUGGGUGACAAACACGCCGCGCUGCAGCGCUCCACGCGGGAGCUGCGCGCCGGCCUGCGGCGCGCUGCGGACGUGCACAAGCGGCUGCAGGUGGAGGUGAAGAUGGCCGUGCUGCAGGUCAUGAAGGAGCUCAACAGGCGCGGCCGGGCGCUGCUGGGGGACGCGCAGCGGGUGUCGGACGCCCGGCAGCAGCGCCUGCAGUGCCAGCACCGCGCUCUCAGCCGCGCCCAGCGGCAGCAGGAGCACGUCCUGCGCUUCACCACGCGCGCCCUCGACAGCCCGCAUGGCGCCGCCCUGCUGCUCUCCAGGAGGCUGAUCCACUCCCAGCUGCUCCGCGCGCUCCGUGUCACUGUGGAGCCCCUGGAGCCACAGGGGGACCUGAAAUUCCAGUGGGACCGGCUGGCCUGGACCAGGAGCGCCGAGAGCUUCGGCACCAUCGUUUCGGAGCCGCCCCUCCCGCCCUCGCUGAGCCCCCCGCCCCCGCUGAGCCCCCCCGCCGCCAGCCCCUCCCCUGCCUCACAGGGGUCCCCCCAGGUGAUCACUGGGGGACAGGUGACCCCUGAGCUGCUGCUGCAGGUCCCCGAGUGUCCCCCCCAGCUGUCACCCCCCCACCUGGAGCCACAGUCACCGCAGCUGGCCACCAGCCCCCCCGAAAACGGCGUCACCACAGUGAGGAGGAGGAAACCCGGGAAUUCUCCCAAGGAGGAGAAGUUCGUUAAGAAGCUGCUCAUUAAGCGGAGGGGCCCCCCCGAGCCCCAGCCCGGCCCCCGGCUGCCCAAGGUGCCGCGGGUCAGCCUGGAGCGGCUGCAGCUGGACCUGGAGCUGGACCCGGCGCAGCCGCCCGUGUUCCGCAUCUUCCCGGGGCCCUCGGCCCAGGAGUUCAGCGUCAUCGUCAUCGAGCAGGGCACGGCGGGGACAGAGGGGGCAGAGGGGACAGCGGGGACAGAGGGGACAGUGGGGACAGCAGGGACAGCGGGGACAGCAGGGACAGCGGGGACAGCGGGGACGACGGGGACAGCAGGAACGGUGCAGCCACACAGAGCCCUGCCUGUCAAGGAGGAGCAGCAGGAGUCGCCCAUCGGGGACACUGGUGACACCAAACCCGUGGGGCUGCUGCCGCCUCCCCCAGGGGAGCCGGGCCCUGCCCUGGGCUCCUCCCCCGGCCCGGGGCUCCCAGUGCUCCCAGUGCUCCCAGCAGGGCUCCCAGUGAUCCCAGUGGGGCUCCCCGUGGGGGUCUCGUGCUGCCGCGUGUGCGGCCAGGCCGGGGCCGUGGUGAUGUGUGACCGCUGCCAGCGCUGCUUCCACCUGCACUGCCACCUGCCCGCCCUGCAGGACGUGCCCAGCCCCGAGUGGACGUGUUUGCUGUGCCAGGAGCUGCCCCCGCCCAGCCUGGACACGGAGCAGGGCACCCCCCUCAAGCUGAGCCCCCAGGACCAGCAGAGGUGCGAGUUCGUGCUGCUGGAGCUGCUGUGCCACGAGCCCUGCCGGCCCCUGCACCGCCUCUCCAGCUCCCCGGACGGGCGCGACGCCAUCGACCUGACGCUGAUGCGGGCGCGGCUGCAGGAGAAGCUGAGCCCCCACUACCGCAGCCCCGAGGAGUUCGCCCGCGACGGCUGGCAGCUGCUGCGCCAGUUCCACCGCCUCACCGAGGACAAGGCGGAUGUCCAGUCCAUCCUGGGGCUGCAGCGUUUCCUCGAGAGCCGCCUCAGCGCCGUCUUCGGGGACCAGAAGUUCUCCCGGCUGCUGCUGGACCCUGAGGAUGGCCUGGAGGUGUUCCCAGGGUCCUGAUCCCCCCUCCCGGGGGGGAAACCCCUCCCCGGACCCCAAUUUCCCUCCUGGGGGUCCUGGUUUUCCCCCUCGUCACGGUUCUGUUUUCCCCCUGGAUCCCAGAGCCUCCCAGGACGUGGGGAUGUCCCUGUCCCCCGUUAUCCUGGGGUCACUCAGAAAAAUACAGCCCUGGUUCAUCCUG